CCCCACCCCGCUCACGUGAUCGCGGUAGGUCAUAUGGGUGGGUAUCAUGUGCCUGCCGGUAUUGCCGCCUGCGGGAGCCGCGCCGGGAGCUGUGGGGAUGGGGCCGGUGCUGCUGCUGGCGCUGCCGCUGAUGCUGGGGCUGAGCAGAGCCGCCCCCCCGGACCAUGAGGUGACCUUCCUGCCCGGGCUGCGCAAGCAGCCGUCCUUCCGGCACUUCUCGGGCUACCUCUGCGCCGGGCCGGGCAAGCACCUGCACUACUGGUUCGUGGAGGCCCAGAGCAACCCCCAGAGCAGCCCCCUGGUGCUGUGGCUGAACGGGGGCCCGGGCUGCAGCUCCAUGGAGGGCUUCCUGAAGGAGCAUGGUCCCUUCCUGGUCCAGCCCGAUGGGGUCACGCUGAAGUACAACGACUACGCCUGGAACAAGAUUGCCAACGUGCUCUACCUGGAGUCCCCCGCUGGCGUCGGCUUCUCGUACUCCGAUGACAAGAACUACGCCACAAACGACACGGAGGUUGCUCACAACAACUCGGCCCUGAAGGACUUCCUCCGGCUCUUCCCCGAGUACUGCAAGAACGAUCUCUACCUCACGGGGGAGAGCUACGGGGGAAUCUACAUCCCCACGCUGGCCGAGUGGGUGAUGCAGGACCCCAGCCUCAACCUGAAGGGAAUCGCUGUGGGAAAUGGUCUCUCAUCCUAUGAGAUCAAUGACAACUCCCUGGUUUACUUUGCCUAUUACCACGGCCUGCUGGGGACCGAGCUGUGGAAAGACCUGCAGACCUUCUGCUGCUCCCAGGAAAAGUGCAACUUCCACGACAACUCCAACCUGAACUGCACACUCAAGAUGGAGGAGAUGAUUCAGAUUGUGGAGGAGUCCGGCCUCAACAUCUACAACCUGUAUGCGCCGUGUGACGGCGGCGUCCCCGGGGGCUUGAGGUAUGAGAGUGACUACCUCAUCACCCACGACCUGGGCAACUCCUUCAUCCGCAUGCCCAUGAGGUUCUCGUGGCGGCAGAACCUGUUCCGGAUGCCGGUAGCCCGCAAUAAGGUGCGGAUGGACCCGCCCUGCACCAACUCCACGGACAUCAGCGUGUACCUGAACGCGCCGGAGGUGCGGAAGGCUCUGCACAUCUCCGCCGAGGCCCCGGAGUGGCAGGUUUGCAGCUUUGAGGUGAACCGCGGCUACAAGCGCCUCUACAUGCAGAUGAACGACCAGUACCUGAAGCUGCUCGGAGCCACGAAAUACCGAAUCCUGGUGUACAACGGGGACGUGGACAUGGCCUGCAACUUCCUUGGGGACGAGUGGUUUGUGGACUCCCUGUGCCAGAAGGUUCAGGUGGCUCGCCGGCCCUGGCUCUACACGGAGAGAGGUGAAAACCAGAUUGGGGGCUUCGUGAAGGAAUUUACCAACAUCGCCUUCCUCACCAUCAAGGGAGCUGGGCACAUGGUGCCCACAGACCGGCCGCUCGCUGCCUUCACCAUGUUCAGCCGCUUCAUCAGGAAUGAGCCAUACUAAAACCAGUGGAGGCAGCACCCGGCUGCCCUCAGCACCUCCCGCACAGCCCCACCGCAGCUGCGCCAGGGCUCCUGCACCACACACC